GACAAGCAAACGCACGCAUAACCAGACAGAUCAGAGAUCCUCCGAGAGAAAAACUUUGGUCGGCUCACUUCUUUCUGCACAACAGGUGGACAUGGUGAGGGGAGUGAGGAUGUUGUGUCCUGCUUGGCUCUUGGCUCUGGCUGUUCUGUGUGCGGGUGGAUCUGAAGUCAGAGCUCAGUGUUGGGAGAACGCCCGCUGCAGAGACCUCACCACUGACGAGAACAUCUUGGACUGCAUACAGCUAUGCAGGUCUGAUCUGACAGAUGAAACCCCCAUCUACCCUGGAGAAAGCCAUUUGCAGCCUCCCUCCGAGCUGGAGCAAACCGAGGUCCUCGCACCCCUGUCCCCAGCAGCCCUCGCUCCUGAUGAGCAAAUGGACCCCGAGUCCAGCCCUCGGCGGGAGCACAAGCGCUCCUACUCCAUGGAGCAUUUCCGCUGGGGAAAGCCAGUGGGUCGCAAGCGCAGGCCUAUCAAGGUGUACACAAACGACGUGGAGGAGGAAUCCGCCGAGACUCUCCCAGCUGAGAUGAGGCGCGAGCUGGCUACCAAUGAGGUCGACUAUCCUCAAGAGGAGGGCGCUUUAGACCAGCAGGAUAAGAAGGAUGGCUCCUACAAAAUGAAACAUUUCCGCUGGAGCAGCCCACCUGCUAGUAAGCGCUAUGGAGGCUUCAUGAAGUCCUGGGACGAGCGCAGUCAGAAACCCCUUCUCACGCUCUUCAAAAACGUCAUAAACAAAGAGCACCAGAAGAAGGGCCAGUGAGGGGGUUUUAAUGGGAGGAGUGGAUAGGGGAUUGUUUUUAAUAUACUUUCUUCCCAGCAAACUUAUCAUGCAUAGUAAACAAAAAGAGGGUGGGUGG